CCCGCUGCCAGCAAAUCGAUUGGCUUUUGUAGUUUUGACUUGGGAAGACUCGCACUUCUAGCCAGGACCUUCUGUGGAGCUGAGUCCGAUUAGGGUUUCCGUUCCCACUCUAUGAAAGCUGUGCCUUCGGUCAUCAUUCUCCUUGGCAACGUCGGCAACCGAUAGAAACGAAGCGAGCGCGGCGAUGGAACAGACCUUCAUCAUGAUCAAGCCCGACGGCGUCCAACGCGGCCUGGUUGGAGAAAUCAUUAGUAGGUUUGAGAAAAAAGGUUUCUACUUGAAAGGGUUGAAGUUGGUCGGCGUGGAACGCUCCUUUGCGGAGAAACACUACGCCGACCUCUCCGCGAAGCCCUUCUUUGGCUCCCUUGUAGAGUACAUCAUCUCUGGUCCGGUGGUAGCGAUGGUAUGGACGGGAAAGAAUGUGGUGGUCACUGGUCGCAAGAUCAUCGGUGCCACCAAUCCAGCGGAAUCUGCCCCCGGGACCAUCCGCGGAGACUAUGCAAUUGAGAUUGGCAGAAAGCAUCUACUUGGAGCUGACAGGGAGAAAGCCAUUCUUAUGAAAAGAUUCAUUCAGAGUGCAUGAAUGUGAUCCAUGGAAGUGACUCGGUUGAGAGUGCUAGGAAGGAGAUUGCUUUGUGGUUUCCUGAAGGCAUCUCUGAGUGGCAGAGCAACCUCCACCCUUGGAUAUACGAGUAGGGAUAGGAAAUAUUUACUACGUACCUGAAAUUGGUAUUUCAGCUUUUCAUAAGAACCCUAAUAUUUGGGCCAUGACUCUGGUUGUUUGUCCAAUUGUAGUUGUGUGGAUUUUCACAAACUGCUUCAGUUUUAAUGAUAUUGCUUCGAUGCCAUUUCAUUA